AGUGUAUCUUUGGGAGCCUUCCAAAAAUAUAUCAUUGGGAUACCAACAAGAUUUUAUUUCUAACAUCCAGUAAGAACGACGGGACAUGGCUAUUUUUGGACUCCGCACCUAAGCAGCGCUCCUACAAAUUGGAGACCCCGACGUGAGUUCGUUCUAUCGGAUUCAGCUUCCAUCAUCCGGUGAGUCGUGUCCAUUUUCGUCGUUCUUUUUAUUGCUUUCAUGUAUGCGAAUAUGAUCGAGCAGCAAACUGGGGAGAUUAACACCGUAUCUACUAGCUGUUUACCAACAUUUUGGAUACAAUAUCCCCAGCUUUGGUUUUUCCAGGCCGAGUCAUUUUUUGAAAUUAAUCGCAUACAUAAGGAUGUCUUAAAAGUUCAUUAUGUGAUCUCUAAGCUCCCACCUGAAUUAUUACUCCUGGCACAGGAUAUCUUGAAGACAAGCCCCACAUACCAGCAAUUAAGGGACUUUUUAAUUCGCGAGCUUAGCCUUAGUGAGCGUAAGAGAGUGCAACGUCUACUUACAGAAGAACAGUUAGGCGAUCGCACUCCUACUCAACUACUGCGAGCCAUGCAAGCUCUGGUAGGUGACAGCCCUCCAGAGAAUUCCAUCUUUAGGCAGUUAUUUUUGCAACGGCUCCCUACUCACGUACAACAAAUACUGGCUAACGCUCAUCAGGAUACCGACUUGAAAGACCUAGCCCUUAUGGCUGAUAAAAUAAUGGAAAUACAAGCACCCACGAUCUCAAUUUCUUCGCCUCCUAUAACUGACGACUCGCUUGUAAAAGCUGUGCACUCCCUGCAGCAGCAACUGGCCUCCAUCUCCAUCACCCACCGAAACCGUAAUUCGAGGUCAGGCCAGCGGCGUAUUCGCAGCGCUAGUCGUUCACGUGGCAUUUGUUGGUAUCACCGUAGGUUCCGUAACAAAGCUCGGAAAUGCAUAAAGCCGUGUCGAUUUUCCAUUUCGGGAAACGAACACGCCAGAUCGUAAUGGCGACGACGCAAGCUGGCAUAUGCGAGCCAGGUCGCCUCUUUUACCUGC